CCACUUGUGAGACUCCCCCGCACCCCACCCCAUCAUCGAGCGCCAAUCCCCACCACCUCCUCGGCCCACCCAGCCAAGCCCCAAGCCGGUCCCCUCCCUUCCUCUCUGUACUUGCCGGUGCCCGCGCAGAUGGACGGCGGAGCGACGGCCGCGGCGCUGGGCGCGUGGGAGGCCGUGCGGGGCCUCUUCACGCCGGCCACGCUCUUCCUCACCGUCAACCUCGUCAUCGGCACCAUCCUGCUCACCUCCCGCUCCCACCAGCGCCGACGCCAGGGCGGCCAUGACGGCGACCACCAAGAGCAGCCGCUCCAACAAGUGGAGCCGCAGCAGCAGCAUCAGGAGGACCUGUACUACCGCGACCAGCAGCAGCAGCAGCAGUACGUGCCCCCGCCGCCGGCGCCGGCGCCGCUCGCGCGCACCUCGUCGGUGCUGGACCGCCUCCGCUCCAUCGGCCUCUACCGCUUUCGCUCCGGCGACUUCCCGCCCGAGUACGCCGCGGGCGCCGUGACCGACUCGCGGGACGUGACGGUCUCUCCGGAGCCGGCGCCGACGGCCGGAGAUGCCCACCACGCCAGGAGCCGGUCGGAGCCCCCGGCGCGUGUGGAGAGGAGGCGGGCGCCGCCGUCGAAGAUGAAGAGGUCCAGCUCCGAGGCGAGGAGGGCCGAGGUGGCCCCAGCGCCGGCGGCUCGGGUGGUCCAGCCGGCCGUGCUGGAGGAGGAGGAGGACGACGACGACCUUGUAGAGCACGACACCGAGUUCACCGACAAUUACAACAGCUUCACGACACCGCCGCCGGAGCAGGAGCCGGAGGGGGAGCAGUACUACUGCGAGGAGUACGUCCCUCCAUACAGGCCGGCGCCGCUGGCGCGCGCGCCGUCCGUCCUGGAGCGCCUGCGCUCCUUCAGCCUCUACCGCUUCAACUCCGGCAACCUUGCGCCCGAACUCUCCGCCUCGCCGGACCACGCCGUGGCCGCCGUCGCGGCGGCAGACGAGAAGAAGACGUCGACGCAGUACAGCAGGAGCCGGUCGGAGCCGGCGCGGGAGCAGGGCAAGAAGAGCAAGAAGCAGCAGGGGGAGAAGCAGGGGGCGGAGGCGAAGAUGAGCAAGUCGAGCUCGGAGGCGAGGAUGCUGCCGCCGCCUCCGCCGCCGCCGCCGAUGGAGGAGGCCGUGGAGGGCGGCGUGGACGCGCGGGCGGACGACUUCAUCAACAGCUUCCGGAAGCAGCUGCGGCUGCAGCGGCUCAACUCGCUGCUCAACUACAAGGAGGUGCUCAACCGCGGCGCCAAGUAGCAGGCCGCCGGAGAAGAAGAUCGUCCCGAGGUGCAGUACCACUGUGCCGCCGACGAUUGACUAGCAGACUAUUAACUACAUACUCCAUUUUCCUGCCUGUGAUUAGAGCGCGUGUUACUAGUAAUAUUGUGGCGCUAAUUAAGCUGUUAUUUACUCAA